AUGUCGUCCCCCGCGCCUCCGCAUCGCGUCGCCAUUGAUGCAACUGGAAAUGUUCCAACCCAGGGUCCUCCAGCCCAGAGUGUCGCUGAAAUCUCCGACACCAUAGUAGUUGGCGGUGAUUACUCAGAGGAAUCCCCAGACGAGAGCGACGACAGCUUUGACGCCUAUGGAGAAGACGAUGGGCAGGAUCAAAAGAAGAACGAACCGGUGUCUGGUAACGAUGACUAUGCGAGAACCUCUGAUUCGCCUGGACAUCGGGAUAAGGGUGAGGCUAGCGAGGCUCAACACGAUGUAUCAAAGGCCUCAGAAUCCAUGAAUAGUUCAUCCGCUCCUGAAACGUUAAAGAGUCAGUCCCCCGCUGCCCCUACUUCUGAUACUUCAUCGCUCCGGGCUGCCGAGAGUCUUCAUCCUGCUUCUCUGUCUGCCUCGUUGGCCGGCGCCGCCUCCUCCCUUGCCGCAGGCCUCCUCCCGACGGCUGCCUCAGAGGAGCUGCCCGCCGCGUCCGCCGUCUCUCCGGGGUCCCCAUCGGCCCAUGAAGAUGAUGCCGCUGUUGAUAUCCAGAAGCUGGUAGACGACAUCACUGCAAGAGCUGCCGCUUCAGUUCCAUCCCCUGUGUCGCUUGGUCAAGCCCCGCCAGCCGCUUCUCGAGCUAUCUCGCCUGCAUUGACUACGUCUCAUUCUUCCUCUCUCCCUCCCAAACCUUCCAUAUCUCAGCAGCCAGAGCAAUUGCCUGCCCUUCCCCAGGGCCAUGCGUUCCAAGCCCAGCUUCCGGGCUCGCAUGCAUCUUUGAUGGAUUCGAUGCCCACAGAGGACUCUGCGACUCCCCAUGGCACGUUCCAGACUAUCGGCGCUCCCGGUACUACAAGUGAACCUGUUUCAUCUCUCCCGCUCCCGCCACCCACUUCAUUAAAUGGCUCGCAUGCCCAACCAGAUGCCUCGCUGUCGAGCGCCACUCCGGUCCCUGCUACUGGAGACGGUGCAGCUGGUAACUUGCAUUCCGUAUCAGAGCAGCAGCAGGCGUGGGAGGACUUUCAGGCCGACGAGAAGCGCUAUACUUCCGAAGCAAAAUGGGAAAGAUUCCCCGAGAACUCACGUAUAUUCAUCGGAAACCUAUCUAGCGAGCGGGUUUCUAAACGUGAGGUAUUCGACGUUUUUCAUAAUUACGGCCGCUUGGCCCAGAUUUCGCUGAAAAACGCCUAUGGCUUUGUCCAGUACCACACCAGAAAUGAGGGCCAGACAGCCAUGGAGAAUGCCCAGGGCAUUGAGCUUGGCGGUCGUAAAAUACAUCUCGAGUUUUCCCGUGCUCAAAAAAGGAAGGACAAGGAGAAGGAUGAUCGAGGCCGAUCUCCGGAGCGGCGGAACCAGCGCGGUGGUGGACGUGGUAACGAUCGCGGAGCGACCGAUCGAUACGACAAGAGAGAUCACCGACGGCGAGAUGAUUAUAGACCCGGGCGAUCGCCUUCUCCGCGGCGUCAUGAUCGCCGAGGUAGCCGGGACGUCAAUUAUCCUCGAGAACGGGAUCCACCUAGCGUCUUUGACCGGCGACGAUCUCGGUCGCCAACACGAUUUUCGGAUCCCUACCGACGCAGAUCCCCGAGCCCACGCCGUCGUGCACCGUCCGAUGCCGAUCGUCUCGACGUUGCUCAACGCUUUGGAGCCGACGUUCCAGAUGUUCAGUUCUUUGUGCUUCCAGAGGUGUCAAGAGAAUUCAUCGACUGGGUCCAGCAACGCUUCCAUGAGCGAGGCCUCAGAACCAAUGUUAUGUUUCUCAACCCUCGGUUUCCGCGAGACGCCCUGGUACAGCGCCAAGUCCUCGAGGGAGUUCACGCCAUAGUUGAUCUCGACCACGCCGCUCAAAGCCGCGCCCGAAUCUCAAUCCAAGUCUUUAUUCGUUCAGGUGGCAGUGCUCAUUUCAACACAUACCAGGACAUUGAUCCUGUGACGGCAGUGGGCCUUGUGAUUGCACAAACAGGAAAUCGCCUUACCUCUCCUCCGACCCAAUACAACCACGGUCACUCCUAUCUUCCUGAUGCCCCUCUCGCAGGAUAUCCAUACCAUGGUCCUCAUGCUUCCGCCCCUCCUGUCCAUGCUCGGCCUACCGCUUCAGCGCCUGAUCUCGCAAGCAUGGUGGGCCAGUUAGAUAAUCCUACCCUCCAAGCUCUCAUUGCCUCACUACAGGCCUCGCAAGGGCAUGCGGGGCACCAGUCUGCGAAUCCCAUGCUGCCGGCCACGGUCGGACCUCAGGCGCCUCCCAUUGACCUUAAUGCACUGCUCGGCAACCUUCAGAAUCCUGCCACAGCUCAGCCAGUCCCAGCGGCAGGAUAUGCUGGUAUGCCGAAUUACGGAUCUGCUUCCGCGUAUUAUCCACCUCUGGGACAGGCGAUGACGUCUGCUGUCCCUAAUGCGCCAGCCGGCAUGAUGGGUUAUGGUGGCCCGGAUGCAGCACAGCAGGUCCAGACCAUCAUGGAAUCACUGAGACGGGGUAGCACGAACUAA